GUYGGUGCYCCUGGRAGAGAAGGACCUCCUGGAGAUCGUGGAGAACCAGGACCGGCGGGUACGACAGGAGAGAAAGGUGAUCAGGGAGAGAUUGGACCAGCAGGACCACAAGGUCCACCAGGACCAAUCAUUGACAUCACAAACACCUCUGCUGGACCCGAUCCAUUAUUAGGCAAUAUAAUCAGAUCCCAAGAUUCUAAGGGACCAGCGGCUGGUGGAUUAAUCGCAGAAAUCCGCGGUGCCACUGGAGAUCCUGGACCCAAUGGAGCCCCAGGACGUUCUGGCCCACGAGGAGCUGAUGGUGAGAGGGGUGAGCCAGGAGAUCCUGGAGAACCAGGUCCAAAAGGACUUACUGGUGAUCAAGGCACUAAAGGUCCGCCGGGUGCAUCAGGAAAAGAUGGAAAUGAUGGAAACCCGGGUAAUAUGGGUCCAGUUGGCGAACAAGGAACAGAAGGACCAGCAGGACCAAGAGGACCUCAAGGUUUAAAUGGACUUCCUGGUGUCAAGGGAGAUCGUGGUGAACAAGGCGAAAGAGGAAACAAGGGUGACCAGGGACGACAAGGAGAAAUGGGUCCGCGUGGAGAACCUGGUAGACCCGGAAGAGAUGGAGCACCGGGAGAGGCUGGUAUGAGAGGACGAAUUGGACCCAAUGGUGCACCAGGAAAACAAGGAUUAACUGGAGCACGUGGUCAAACUGGACCCCAGGGACCUUCGUGGAGCCAAAGGAGAUCAGGGUCCACUAGGACCUAUGGGAGAACCAGGAAGCGUUGGCGAGACUGGACCAGUUGGAGCCCGAGGUAGCCCAGGACAAGACGGACGAGCAGGAGAUAGGGGAGCUCCUGGAAAACAAGGAAAACGAGGAGCAAUUGGAGACAAAGGCUCUUCGGGUAAUACUGGAUCAGUAGGACCAAUGGGACCAAGCGGUGUAUCUGGCAAAAGAGGUAAACCCGGCUCCGUUGGCUCUCCUGGCAAACCGGGGCCUGCAGGACCUAGGGGAGCUCAAGGUGUGUCUGGUUUCACUGGAGCUGAUGGUGUUCCUGGACAGAAGGGUGAACGAGGACCAAGUGGACGACAAGGUGUUUCUGGUGUGAAAGGCGAAAGAGGUGCAUUUGGUCGUCCCGGCACUGCAGGGCGAACAGGACAAAGGGGUCCCCCUGGACCUUCUGGAAAACCUGGAAAACCAGGAGCCACUGGAGUACCUGGCACGCCAGGAGAAGACGGAAGACCUGGUCCUUCCGGGCCUCCGGGAACCCGUGGAAUGCAAGGAGCUCCUGGUUUCAGUGGACCGAAGGGAUCAACGGGAACUCCAGGCCGUCCAGGAGAACAAGGAACACAGGGAAACCAAGGCAAGAAGGGAGAUAAUGGCGCACAAGGUGCACGAGGUUUGCCUGGUAUUGCUGGAACACCUGGAAGGGCAGGAGAAAGAGGUGAAUCUGGUCUACAGGGUACCCCAGGACCUCAGGGACCUGCUGGAUCCCAGGGAAGACCGGGUGAACCUGGACGACCUGGAUCCCAAGGCCUUGCUGGAGAACCGGGUGCAGAUGGGAAAUCUGGUGAACAAGGUGAACGAGGCGCACCAGGACCACGCGGUCCAGAGGGACACAACGUAAGUAGAAACACUUGUUGCGUUUAUUGGUUAUCCUUACGCAAUCCUUUGCGUUUAUUGGUUAUCCUUACGUUAUCCUUUCGRCAAAUUGGGCAACCUGGUUUGGCUGGAGCUGAUGGAGCACCAGGUGACAAAGGACCCAACGGUAACCCUGGUUCACCAGGCGCCCCAGGAGGACUGGGUCUGCCUGGUAUGCCCGGCGCUCCUGGAAUGGCAGGAUCUAAAGGAGAAACGGGUGAAAGUGGUCCUAUGGGACCUGCCGGUCGAGAUGGAAAAGACGGAGAACCUGGUUCUGAUGGACGACCUGGAGCUCCUGGUCAACCAGGGAUCCAAGGACCAAAGGGUAAUUCAGGAAGACCCGGCACACCCGGCCGACCUGGUAAACGUGGUGACGAUGGACCUCGUGGAGACAUUGGACCUCCUGGUAUCCCAGGAACACCUGGUGCCCCGGGUUCACCAGGACCUGCUGGGCCAGCCGGUGCCAGAGGAAACCACGGAGAGAAAGGUAGCAAGGGAGAACAAGGAGAUAGCGGCUCGAAGGGAGAACAAGGAGGAGCUGGUAUGGCUGGUAAUAGAGGUGACAAGGGAAGUCGUGGAAGACCAGGUGGUGUGGGUGCUGCCGGCACUGCGGGUACUCCUGGUCUACCUGGUUCGCCUGGUAUGAACGGACGACGUGGCAAAGAUGGAGAACCCGGUCAACCUGGAGAAGAUGGAAAGGCCGGUUUGCAAGGACUACCUGGACCGCGUGGAAAUAUCGGAGAGCCCGGCGUUAAGGGUGAUAGAGGAAAUGCUGGUGUUGAUGGCACAGAUGGACUCAAGGGAGCUCAGGGAUUCCCUGGACCUCGUGGCCCUACAGGUCCUCCUGGACUCGAUGGAGCCCCUGGUGACGAUGGUGCUCCCGGUACUCCCGGCGCUAACGGUUUGGGGGGCAGAAACGGAACCAAAGGUCCAAAUGGACAGCCUGGAAGUCCAGGAACGCCAGGUAGCAUGGGACCACCUGGUGAGCCCGGUCUKAAAGGCCCAACAGGAGCUAAUGGUGAAGAGGGCGAAGUUGGUUCACCUGGAGCAGCCGGWCGCCGUGGACCUCGUGGAAUUCARGGUAUUGCAGGCGUACCAGGAGAAUCUGGUGCCYCCGGUCUAGAAGGUGCUAAGGGAGAUCAUGGAUACACUGGAAAACCUGGCAAAAUAGGACCAAACGGAAUUGAUGGUGAAAGGGGKACUGUAGGAGAAAAUGGUACUCAAGGAAAGAAGGGACCAGAUGGAGCGAUGGGACCAAAAGGUCCCGCUGGUGAACAGGGUACCGAUGGUCGAUUGGGACCUCCUGGACCUCCUGGACCCCCUGGCCCACCUGGYGAACCCGGACGUGUCGUCAUGAGCACAAUCCACCUUCAAUCUCAAGCUAAUAAAGGACCAUUCCGUUUAUACCAAGGACAGCAACAAGCAUCCCCAAACAACAUUAUGGAUCAGAUGGAUGUCUCGGUCAGUGAACAAAUAAAAUCAUAUGUUAAAGUGAUGACAACCAUGUUAGGAAAUUACAAGAAGCAAGACGGAAGUAAGAUGCGACCAGCACGAACAUGCCGUGACCUUAAGAUCGACAAUCCUGACAAAGAAGACGGAAUGUACUUUAUUGAUCCUAAUGAGGGAUGUGCCUCCGAUGCACAAAAGGUUUGGUGUUCCUUCAAAGAGAACGCAACGUGCGUCUUCCUCAACAGGAAUCAGAAUAUUUCCAAGAGUGAACUUAAUUUGGCUAAACAAGACGAAGAGAAAUGGAUCGCAGAUGACAUAAAGAUGGAAUACAAACUUGACUAUGGACAGCUGAAGCUUUUGAGUCUCUCUAGCAAGACAGUGACACAGAACAUAACGUAUCACUGUAAAAACAGCCAAGCCUGGGGAAGAUCCAGCUUCAUCAAGAUUGUGACCCAAUCUGAUGAAGAAUUCUCCCCCAUUAGCACAUUGAAACCAAAAGUACUUAAGAAUGAAUGCGAGUUGAAAGAUAACACUUGGCGUAAAACUGUAUUGGAAAUUAARACSAAGAAAMUMGAGAGACUACCRAUAGUCGAUAUCUCACCAUCCAGUAUGGACGACAAUAGUGAUUUCAAGAUUGAACUAGGCCCAAUAUGUUUCGCGUAAGCACGUGACUCUCACGUGACAAACACGUGAUUUCAAAUAAAAAUAUCACCCAGAGUCUUUCUUUGCCUGUACAUUGUUUUGUAAUAUGAUAUAUAUUUAGGACAUGGAACUUGUAUUGCGGAGGAAUUUCUAUGUUUAGAUGUCUUAAUAAAARCCCAACGUCUUUUUAGAUUUAAUUGUUCAGUGUGACCCUUUCAAUGUGGUAACUUUUUUAAUAAACUUCAGAACUGUUUUAUAUUAUAAAGACGUUUUUAGAGGGAAAAUAUACAAGGUAAACGAAUGUUUAUAUAUAUCAACAUUUUGUAUUAACAUGAUCAGUUUUAAUUAUUAGUAAUAAUUAUAUUAGCUUAUAUUAAGGAAACUGUGACUCCAGCCAGUAUGCAGCUUGAUUUUGAACUUUUAUUGAACAUUUAGAUUUGAGGACACUUAUCAAUAUUACGCAAAAGCUGCGCAUUAUAAGUUGACUUGUUAUUAUAAACARAUAUAUCAAUAUUCAAAGUACAACAAAUAUAUCAAUAUUCUAGUAGUA